AUGUCGUCGCUACUAAACGGCUCCCGCAGAAGACGGCGACUCGAAUUCGAGGAUGAAGAGGAUGCGGACCCCGAGAGAAGAUCAGAACGGUCGACGCCCUCAGUUGAUUCCGCCAAACGCGUUCGCACGAAUGGAUAUAUGAGCGACUCGCAAACCCCAUCACCACCUCGUCUGCCAUCUUCCCGGCGGCGCCACGGUAAUCCCUCCCAAGAUGAACAUCUCGGUGGGGAUAGCAGCAUGCGCGGAGCCGGCCCAAAUCAUUUCCAGCCAGGUGCAAUCGUUCGAGUCAAACUUACCAAUUUUGUGACCUACGAAAAUGCCGAGUUCUACCCCGGACCGAAUCUCAAUAUGGUUAUUGGACCAAAUGGCACGGGAAAGAGUUCGCUCGUUUGCGCGAUAUGCCUGGGGCUUGGAUGGGGACCAGUCCAUUUAGGCCGAGCUCAGCAGAUUGGGGAAUUUGUCAAGCAUGAGAUGAACGAUGCUUUCGUCGAAAUCGAGCUGCAAAAGAGACCGACCGAGCCGCGGAAUCAUGUCGUUCGUUUGAGGAUAAUCAGAGACGGAAAUUCUCGCGAAUUUUGGUUGGACGAUAGGAAAACGUCUCUCAAACAUAUACAGGCUUUGACGAGAGCCUUCAACAUCCAAGUUGACAACUUGUGCCAAUUCCUUCCGCAGGACAAGGUAUCAGAGUUUGCGGCAUUAUCACCAGUUGAGCUUCUACAACAGACGCAACGCGCUGCAGCCCCCCCGGAGAUGCUUGAACAGCAUGAUGCCCUGAAAAAGAUUCGCAGAGACCAGAAAUCUUUGGAACUUCAGCACGAAGCAGAUAAGGAGCACUUAGAGGGUCUAGAGAGUCGCCAGGAGAAUUUGCGGGUCGAGGUCCAAAGAUUAGAGGAGAGGAACCAGAUCCAAGAGAAGGUAUCCAUGCUUGAGAAAAGCAUACCUUUCGUGGAAUACAGAAUUGCUCGCCUCCGGCACUUAGAAGUCAAAACCGAGAAGGAAAAUGCACAGAGGCGUUUUAGAAAUUUGGAGGCAGAACUUGAACCGACACUGCAGUCCAUCAAACACACGGAAAACUAUCAGCAACAAAUUUCCGCCGUGGUGCAGGCACGGAGAGUGGCGGUUGGUGCGGCUGAGCUUGAAGCCAGUGAACUCAUCAAAAGGGUUGAAGUUCUGGACGAGAAUAUAAUGGAGAUUGGGCAGUCGGCAGAUGCAGAGCGCGUAGAAAAUAAAAAGAGAACACAGGAGCUUCAGGCCAUUCAGCGGAAGAUUAUUGAACUGAAAGCUCGUCUGAACGACGCUCCUAUAGAGUUCAACGCUUCAGAAUGGAAUGAACGCAUUAGGGAAAAAGAACAUAAGCUCCGGGAGAUCAAUGCCGAAAUUCGCGAAAUUGUAGUACAGGACAAGGAACUCAUGGGUCUUGGUAAAGAAGUUCUUCGUGAAGUCACCGCCGAAGAAGAAGCCAUGGCCACCCUAGAUACUCAAGAGGGUAUAAAAAUGAGCAGACUGGAAAAAGUCUCCAAAGAGACAGCCGAUGCUUGGAAAUGGGUCCAAGACAAUCCUGACGAGUUCGAAAAGGAGGUCCACGGUCCCCCUUUAAUCACCUGCUCUGUUAAAGACCCUAGAUAUGCGAAUGCUAUCGAAUCUUUGCUCCGCCGCACUGAUUAUUUGACUAUAACAGCCCAGACCCAUGCCGACUUCAAAAAGUUGCAAGACCAAUUGCUAGGAAAGAUGAAUCUUGCCGAUUUUCCAGUGAGAAGGACUGACGGGUCCGGGGAUGAUGGACGCCGUCCGCUAUCCGCACAAGAUAAGCAGCAUUUUGGUUUAGACGGCUGGGCCGUAGAUUUCAUUGAUGGCCCAGGACCUGUGCUGUCUAUGCUUUGCGAAUCUUUGAAUAUGCACAGAACCGGGAUAUCACUUCAAGAUAUCACUGAUGACCAAUUCGACGCCAUAAUUGCCCAGGGGCAACUCAAUACCUGGGUGGCUGGGACGAACUACUAUAAAGUGUCAAGAAGACGAGAAUACGGGCCACAAGCUGUCUCAACAAACACCAGAACUGUCGGGCCAGCGAGGUAUUGGAUUGACCAACCAGUUGACACUUCUGCAAAGGAAGAAAUGCAAACAAAGAUCGACUCAUUGAAAUCUAAGUUUGAGGCGCUAAAAGCCCAAAUUCGACCUCUCCGACUAAACAAGAAUGACCUUAUGGCUAAGGUUAAGGAUAUCGAGGGGCAAAUGAAAGAAAUCAAGAACGAUAAAGCAGAAAUCCAAAAGGUUCAUGGUCAGCAGGCAGCUCUCCCAGACAAGAUUAAACGCGAAGAAGAAGCCUUGGAGGAAAAAAGGCAAUCUGGAGUGGAAUUUCGUGCCCGUCUCAAAAAGCUCCAAAUCCAGCAUGACCAUGCCGUCCUAAGAAAAGCCAAAGUCGCUCUUGACCAUAAAGAAUUGGUUGCAAAAAUUCGAGCCAGCCACGAAGAGCUGCUAGAAGCCGAAAUUAGACUCAUCGAGGCUACCUCUGACGUUGAGGCACUCACAGAGCGCAAUAGGGACAUCCACCAGCAUUUAGAAGAUGAACGUCGACAGGUUAAACAGAUGGAGGACGAGUCGAAGGAGGUAAAGCGAAGGGCAGCAAGUGCCCUCCAGGUUUGCCAGGAGAUCCGCUCGGACCCUGCUAACGAGCGGCAUCUCGAACACUUCGGUUCAAUUCCUCAUGAUAUGACUAUUGAGAACCUAGAAAUGGAAAUCCAAACAGAAUCGUCCAAGCUGGAAUAUGUACAUGCAAACAACCCUAACGCAAUCAAAGAUUUCGAGAGGCGCCAAGUCGAAGUUAAUAGGCUUCAAGAAAAGGCUGCCGAUACUGAGCGGAAGCUCGAGAGAAUGGGCCGGCAAAUUACCGAAGUUAGGGGCCGAUGGGAGCCUGCACUUGAUAAGUUGAUUGAAGAGAUCAGUGAAGCAUUCUCCUACAACUUCGAGCAAAUUGGCUGUGCUGGCGAAGUCAGUGUACACAAGGAUGACGACUUUGACAACUGGGCAAUCCAGAUCCGAGUCAAAUUCAGAGAAAACGAAACCCUCCAGCUGCUUAAUCAACAUCGCCAGUCCGGUGGCGAGCGCUCAGUAUCCACCAUCUUCUACCUCAUGUCUCUACAGUCACUAGCCCGCGCACCCUUCCGCGUCGUCGACGAAAUCAACCAAGGCAUGGAUCCCCGCAACGAACGAAUGGUACACGAGCGCAUGGUAGAAAUCGCCUGCAAAGAGCAUACCAGCCAGUACUUCCUGAUCACCCCAAAACUCCUUACUGGUCUUCGAUAUGAUGAGCGGAUGAAGGUACUCUGUAUUGCGAGCGGGGAGCACAUGCCGGAUAAUUAUAAGCAGCUUGACGUUUCGAAAAUUAUCGGUAUUAGGAGAGCGAUCAUGGCCGCUAGUUGA